GGAACAUUUUUGGAAGCAGACAUAAAUAAAGCCAAACCAUAAAACCCUCUCUCUGAUCAAAACCCACAUUUGGGUUGUCUUCAAUGGCCACGAACACUCUCUCAUUUCCCCCAAUUUCAAUUUCCACUUCUCAAUUUUGCAAUGAAAAACCCAACAACUCUUCACUAUUAUCACUCCCUUCAAGCUCCUUUUGUGGUAACAAGCUAUUAAUUUCAUACUCAAAGUUGAGAAAUUUAGCUCUUAAGUGUAAUAACCCCUCAACAAUUUUCACAGUUUUAUCUACUCUACCCACCAAGAAAUAUACAUCUCAGAAGAUGCAAAAAUGGUCAGCAAGAGCAAUAAGGUCAUUUGGGUUAGGAGAAUUGGAGGCGAGGAAGCUGAAGUAUCCCAAUACAGGAACUGAAGCACUUUUAAUGGGGAUUUUGAUCGAGGGGACAAGUCCAGCAGCAAAGUUUUUGAGGGCUAAUGGGAUUACUUUUUUCAAAGUCAGAGAAGAAAUUGUUGAAUUACUCGGGAAAUCUGAAAUGUAUUUUUUCAGCCCUGAGCAUCCUCCAUUGACUGAACAGGCUCAAAGAGCACUUGAUUGGGCUAUUGAGGAGAAACUAAAGUCAGGUGAUAGUGGAGAAAUUACCACGAAUCAUAUACUUCUGGGGAUUUGGUCAGAAAAAGAAUCUGCAGGUCACAAUAUAUUGGAAACUCUAGGUUUUAAUGACGAUAAAGCUAAAGAAGUCGCAAAAUCUAUGAGCGGGGAUGUUGCCCUGAACUUUAAGUAGGGAGGUUAGAAAGCUGCCUGAAAUGUGUCUUGCUUGUUGAUUCCUGAACUUUGCUGCAUAAAUUUUCCGAAGAUAGAUACUUAGGUAUUUGGUUCUAGGCAGAGCAAGUUUUUUCAUCAAGGAACUUGUUCCAUGUAUGGGGUGUUUCAAAUUCUUAAACCAAAUGCUUUCAUGACUCAGUGGGAGAUGAUGAAAUUUGCAUCUUUCUCAAAAGGGUUUUGCAGAAUCCAAAUUCAUAGGUGGGCAUGUUUCUGAGGCUAUGGAUUCUUUGCUGAUUCACUCCAAUUCCUUGCUUUGACAUGAAACAAAAUUACGUCAUUUUCUUUUAUGGAUUGUAUCAAUAGUUUUUAUCUGGCAAAGCUGAGUUUCCUUCCACUA